AAGGCGAAAGGCAAGAACACACACAGAGAAACCAUACACAAAGAAAACUACACUGGUGUAUGUAGUUGUAAACUCAGAUGGAGAGAGAGAUGGAUAAAGAGAUGGAGAGAGGAUGGAUUACCAGAGGAAGGUGUUGGAUGAACAGACUCUCCUGAAUGAAGCCAAUACUGAGUUUAACAACAAACAAUUUAAACGCGCAGAGGAUUUAUACACAGAGUUCAUCAACAUCUGCACAACAUCUGGACGAUGUAACAGCAACGACCUCGCCGUAGCCUACAAUAACCGCGGCCAGGUGAAGUAUUUACGGGUCGAUUUUUAUGAAGCCAUUGAUGAUUACAUCGCCAUUAAAGCCAACGUUGAGUUCGAAGUGCCCUACUACAACCGAGGAUUAAUACGCUACAGACUGGGUUUCUUUAAAGAUGCCGAGAACGAUUUCAAGAAGGCGCUGGAAAUUAACGGCGAGUUUGAAGACGCCAGACUGAGUUUACGCCAGACGAUUCUGGACCGUGAAGAAAAACGAAGGAGAGGUUAUUGACGCUGCGUUUUCACUGCCAGGUUUCCCGCUGAGGGAAUUCCUCGAACUCAAUGUAGAUUUGUAAAUGAUUUAUUAAAAGAUGCAUAUAAAAGCGUGAUGAAGUUGUGGAACAGCUUUAAAUUUGCUCAAAUAAAAUAUAUUUUUUAA